AUGUUUUCCCUGUUUUUGUCGAUUUUACUUCUAACAUCCUGUUUGGGAGAUACAGGUUUUCCAAUACAAACCCUUUUGAGUUGUGAAAUCUCGCAAGCAACAAUAGAUGGAGUUCAAAAUGUGAUUCAAGAGCAUUCGUCAAUGAUUCAACUAGCAAAGUCGAAUAAACGAGCCAAGAAAACAGAGAUUGACUCUAUGAAGGCGGAUAUAGACUUCUAUUUGGAGGAAAAUGCUACCGAUGACGACAAGGUCUGA